CCGCCGCGGGAAGCGGCCCCCCUCCCCUUCCUCCGCGGCUCCCCCGCCGCGGCCGCUCGUCGCACCGCCCCGCGGCCUGCGGGAGGCGCUGGGUCGCGCUCGGCCGGGCCUCGCGCUCGCGUCGUCACCCGCUUCCUCCUGCCCCCGGGCCCGCACCCCAGCCCCGCCGGCGCGACCCCGGCCCGGCCCCGCUCUCCGCACAAAAUGUCGGCCCGGACGCCAUUGCCGACGGUGAACGAGCGGGACACGGAGAAUCAUACAUCUGUGGAUGGAUAUACUGAACCACAUAUCCAGCCUACCAAAUCAAGUAGCAGACAGAACAUCCCUCGGUGUAGAAACUCCAUUACAUCAGCAACAGAUGAACAGCCUCACAUUGGAAAUUAUCGUUUACAAAAAACAAUAGGGAAGGGAAAUUUUGCCAAAGUGAAAUUGGCAAGACAUGUUCUAACUGGUAGAGAGGUUGCUGUGAAAAUAAUAGACAAAACUCAGCUAAAUCCUACAAGUCUACAAAAGCUGUUUCGAGAAGUACGAAUAAUGAAGAUACUGAAUCAUCCUAACAUAGUAAAAUUGUUUGAAGUUAUUGAAACAGAGAAGACCCUCUACUUAGUCAUGGAAUAUGCGAGUGGGGGUGAAGUUUUUGAUUACUUAGUUGCCCAUGGAAGAAUGAAAGAAAAAGAGGCCCGUGCAAAGUUUAGGCAGAUUGUAUCAGCUGUACAGUAUUGUCAUCAAAAGUGCAUUGUUCACCGUGAUCUUAAGGCAGAAAACCUUCUCCUUGAUGCUGAUAUGAAUAUUAAAAUUGCUGACUUUGGUUUUAGUAAUGAAUUUACGGUUGGGAACAAAUUGGACACGUUUUGUGGAAGUCCACCCUAUGCUGCUCCCGAGCUUUUCCAAGGGAAGAAGUACGAUGGGCCUGAGGUGGAUGUGUGGAGUCUUGGCGUCAUUCUCUACACAUUAGUCAGUGGCUCGUUGCCUUUUGAUGGCCAGAAUUUAAAGGAACUGCGGGAGCGUGUCUUACGAGGAAAGUACCGUAUUCCUUUCUAUAUGUCCACUGACUGUGAAAAUCUGCUGAAGAAAUUGUUAGUGCUGAACCCAAUAAAGAGAGGCAGCUUGGAACAAAUAAUGAAAGAUCGGUGGAUGAAUGUUGGUCAUGAGGAAGCAGAGCUAAAGCCGUACAGUGAGCCUGAGCCAGACUUCAAUGAUGCGAAAAGAAUAGACAUCAUGGUCACCAUGGGCUUUGCACGAGAUGAGAUAAAUGAUGCCUUAAUAAACCAGAAAUACGAUGAGGUUAUGGCUACUUACAUUCUUCUAGGUAGAAAGCCACCUGAAUUUGAAGGCGCUGGUCCAUCCAUUCCCCCUGCCGUGUCAUAUACCAAAAGGCCUCAGGCUAACAGUGUGGAAAGUGAACAGAAAGAGGAAUGGGACAAAGACGUAGCUCGGAAACUUGGCAGCACAAUGGUCGGAUCAAAAACUGAGAUGACUGCAAGCCCUCUUGUAGGGCCAGAAAGGAAAAAAUCUUCAGCGAUUCCAAGCAACAAUGUAUAUCCUGGAGGUAGCAUGGCAAGAAGGAACACCUAUGUCUGUGAAAGGACCACAGAUCGAUACACAGCACUGCAGAAUGGAAAAGACAGCAGCCUUAUGGAGAUGUCCGCGAGUAGCCUGUCUUCUGCAGGCCCUGCUGUGGCCUCUGCUGUCCCCUCAGCACGACCCCGCCACCAGAAGUCCAUGUCUGCUUCUGGCCAUCCUGUUAAAGUCACACUGCCAACCAUUAAAGACAGCUCAGAAGCUUACCGGCCUGGUCCGACCCAGAGAGUGCCUGCUGCCUCCCCAUCUGCUCACAGUAUUAGUGCCUCCACUCCAGACCGAACCCGCUUUCCCCGGGGGAGUUCAAGCCGAAGCACUUUUCAUGGUGAACAGCUUCGGGAACGUCGCAGCGCUGCUUACAACGGGCCACCUGCUUCACCUUCCCAUGAAACAGGUGCCUUUGCACAUGCCAGAAGGGGAACGUCAACUGGUAUAAUAAGCAAAAUAACAUCCAAAUUUGUUCGCAGGGAUCCAAGUGAAGGCGAGGCCAGUGGCAGAACCGACACCUCAAGAAUUACAUCAGGGGAACCAAAAGAGAGAGACAAGGAAGAGGGUAAAGAUUCCAAGCCACGUUCCUUGCGGUUCACCUGGAGCAUGAAGACCACUAGUUCAAUGGACCCCAAUGACAUGAUGAGAGAAAUCCGCAAAGUGUUAGAUGCCAAUAACUGUGAUUAUGAACAAAAAGAGAGGUUUUUGCUUUUCUGUGUCCAUGGAGAUGCUAGACAGGAUAGCCUUGUGCAGUGGGAGAUGGAAGUCUGCAAGUUGCCACGGCUGUCACUUAACGGGGUCCGCUUCAAGCGAAUAUCUGGGACAUCUAUUGCCUUUAAGAACAUUGCAUCUAAAAUAGCAAAUGAGCUUAAGCUGUAAAGAAACUCACAUUUACAGAAUCAGGGAAGAUACAUCCAUAUCUGAGGUACAGUUUUUGAAUGUACUGGUAUUACCUAACGUGAUUGGCCUGUGAAUCUCCCCAUGUAGUAUUUGUCCUUAAUGCAAUAAGGUUAUACAUAGUUCUGAACUGUAAAAUUAAAGUCAGUGUGAACUAUAAUAAAUACUUGUAGCUAAAAAAGUAGGUUCACAUGUACAGGUAAGUAUAUUGUGUAUUUCUGUUCAUUUUCUGUUCAUAGAGUUGUAUAAUAAAGCAGAUCAUUGCUUAAAAACUUGUAUAGUUGUCUAGAUUUCUGCACAUAAAUAUAUGUUUGAUUCUUUCAGUUGAAAAUGUUCUUCCCUGUUAUUUACAUUCUGGUGGGUUUUUAGAAUUCUUACCUCCAUCAUGUAAUUUUGAAAACUGUGUCCAGAAUUAAAAGUGCACAGAAAUAAUCUUUAAAAUUGUAGCAUGGACUUCUAAAAAUUAUUUUCAAAUCACAUUUAAAUUUAAACCAGAAGCUGGUAAAUAGAUCAGCUUAAUUAUACACAGAAUUAUUCCUGCUUAUCUUUGCUCUUAUCCUUGCUAUCAGACAAGGUUUAGCUGAAAAGAAACAGAUGUUGACAGUGUUGGCACUUAGAAUUUUUCUGAUAAAGUACAUGAAAAUAAUAAUAGCUUUGCUUUGAGUUAACUAAGAAGUACUGUGGAAGAAGUUAACCUACAUCAAAUUUCUUUUGGACUUUAAAGUGUUUCUGGCCCACUGCUAACUGUAGCAGCAAAAUUAAAAAGAAUCAUUACUUCAUCUGGCUAUUAUAUUGUAAGACAUCACUUAGGUUUGCCGCCUUCCAGAUACCGCACUGUAAUUGCGGACAUGAUACUGGGACUGUUUCAUAGCACAAACUCACCUUUACAGUGUUGAUCAAUGCAUCAGUUAAGAAAUAAUGCCACCUCAGGAAUUAACUGGCAUUGGGAACAUUUGCCUCAUUCUCCUCCCAUCCUCUUCAUCCACCCCUGACACAGUAAUAUCUGUAAGUACUUAAGAGACUUUUGAGCAGAAUGUACUAUUUAUAGCAGUAUAUAUUAUUGAUUUAUGCUUAUGUGGUUGUUCAGUUUGUCCCCAUGUAGCCUAUUUGUUUUUAAUAUUUUUCCAGAUUUCUUGUAUUUAUUCCACAUCAUUAUGCCUAUAAUGUGCAGCUUUGUAACUGGGCAUUUGCCUACUUUCUUUUCAUAAUUAGUGACAUAUGCGAUGUAAAACCACUAUGAAGGUACAUUUUAAUACUUGUUAUUUUAUAUUGAAUUAGCCUUGGAGGUUGACUGUGCAAUGUUAUUUAAUGUUGUAAUUACUGUAAUAUCAACAUAUGGGCCCCAUCUGCACACUCCUGAGAAAUAGAAAGUGUAUUCAAAUUUUAUCAGUUUAAAGGAAAAUAAAGCUGUGAUAAAUACUGUAAUUCUAACCUACGUUAGGAAGCUCUAAGUGCAGGUCAUGUGCCAUUCCAUAAUGGCUUCCAGACUAGGGUGAACUUUACAUUCUGUACUGUACUGUGAUGUAGCUUUCUUCUGUAACAGUUCUGUUCUAAAAUGAAGUGUAUUUUGCCUUAGCAAAAGAUGGUGUUUGGAAAAAACAAAUUGUGUAGCCCCUUUUUAACCUAGUGUUCAUUCAAAGAAAAAUGAUGCGAAUCUUUAUUCAUUUUCACUGGUGCACACUGAAAUUUUACUUGAAUAGUUCUCAUAAUAAAGCACUUGUCUUUUGCUCUUUA